AUGAAGGGAGACAUGGAUCUUUCUGUUUUGCCCAAUAACAACCAUCCUGACAAAUUCCUGCAGCUUGACGUGAAGUCUUUAAUGAGGAGCCCAGCCCUUCUGCAGGCUACCCUCGCGAGAUUUCCGGGUGGGCAUUAUCCUGCUGCACAACACUGGCAAAACCUUGUCUACUCACAGAGAGAAAAGAAGAAUAUUGCUGCUCAGCGAACUAAGAGAUCCAGCAGGGAGGGCUCUGUCACUCCUGAUAGCCCUCCACCAUCCAUGUCCUCAGUCAUGAAGAAUAAUCCACUCUAUGGGGACUUAAGUAUGGAGGAAGCUAUGGAAGAAAGAAAAAAGAACCCUUCGUGGACCAUUGAGGAGUAUGAUAAACGUUCUCUGCACACAAACCUCUCGGGACAUCUGAAGGAAAAUCCCAAUGACCUACGAUUUUGGUUGGGAGAUAUGUACACACCGGGUUUUGACACCUUAUUGAAAAAAAAGAAGAAGCGUGAAAAGCGAUCAAAACUAUGUCGCAUGGGUCUAAUUUUACUCCUUGUUACUUCCAUCUUGGUUACCAUAGUGACUAUCAGCUCUCUUUUCACCUAA